GUUUUCCAGCUGUCCGGUUUAUUAUUUCUGCAUGUAGCUCAUACUGUAGUUCAGCCCAGAUUUCAGCACAAACACUAAACCCUAACUGUGUUCAGUGACUCUCACACUCAUUUACAGACGGCGUGUAGGAUGAAGAACCUUAAUAUUUCCAACAGAAAGUGAACAUAAAGAUCACCAGACAUCAUGACUGAUGUCAGUGAACAAUUUCUGAAGACGCACAAGAGUGCAAUUAUACAGAAAACGAGAGAUCCAAUGGGUUUGGCUGAUAAGCUGCAUGAAACAGAAGUAAUAUCUAAUGAACUGUAUGGUAAAAUUAAAGAACAAAAGUUCAGCCAAGAGCAAAUGCGUGAAAUUUACCUGAAUAUCAAUAGCAAACCGCACUUUGACUGUGUGUACGAAUGGUUGAAGAAGAACGAGCCCGAUAUGCUUGAAGAACUGGAAAAGAGCGACAAUGAAGCUGAAGCGCCACCAAGAAAACGAUCUAGAGAUUCAGAGACUCACCAAACAGAAUUACCUGAUCUCAAGAUGAUCUCCACCUUUGCCAAACUGGAAACCUGGGUGGCUAAAAAUAGUCAAAAGUUGAUCAGUGAUUUAGAGGGAAAACUUGGAGAAGAAGGCCUGGAGAAGUUGAAAAAAGAAUUAAAGGACAAAGAAUCAAAAAAUAAUUUAGUCCUCAAUGCUUACAAUAUUGAUGAGAUCAGAAAAAAUAAAGGAAUUGAUGAAUUUCUCAAUAAAAUGACUAAAACAAAAUUUCCGAAAUUGACGUUAAGCAUGUUUUUUAAGAAGAGCAGCUUUGCAUCAUCAAAAGAAAAGACUAAAAUCUGCACUGAUCAUGACGAGCCCAUGGACACGAUUGCAGAUGAAUUAAACAGCAGUGGACAUGGAUCUCAUAAAAGUGACCAGUCUGUUCUAAGUUUGACCCUAAAUGAGGAACAAGCUGCAGAUGAAGACGUCUUAUCUGAUUGCAGCAAUCUGAUUGAAGACAACAAUGAUGUGCUGGAAACACACUUUGAUGAGAUGGAUGGGAAACCUAAACGUCUAGGCCAGUCUCCCAAUGUAUCUCCAAAUUGCCCAAAUGAGCCAAUCAUAAAAACCGAAACUCCACUAGGAGACACAUAUGGGGGCACAGUGUCUUCUUCAGAUUUGCUGCUGAAAAACAGUCCAGUUUCAGCAUUUGAUAAUAUGUCAAGCAAGGGGACAUGGGAUGUAUGGGACAAGAUUACGGUUAGGAUCAUAGUAAAAGAUCAGGACACCGCCAUGCCGGCUCCAGGGGAAACACAGGAUACUGUUCGGCAGACGGAUGGUAGCAGUACGAGCUUCCUCACAUCUCCAUCUGGGGCAGUGAAAGAUCAGCUUGGAGAAUCUCUGGUGAGCAAAACUGAACCUGUUUUAGGAAGAAACAAAAAAGGAAGCAUGAAGGAAAAUAAGCUGAAGAAGAAAAAUCACAUAAACAAACUGCUUUGUGACUGGGCUUCGAGACAGUGUGAUGGUUCUGAUGAAGAGAUAAAGAACAUAUUUGACCAGAUCUCAAUUAUAAACAUGGCAGAACACAGGGAGUAUCCGUGCUUUACUGCUGAAAAUGUCAGAGUGUACAAGAACCCAAAAACAUGUGAAAGCCAAAUCAUCUUUAUUGCUGAUGAAAAGAUGCCCAAGACCAGCGCUGACACCAUGGUCCAUUAUCACAUGUUUGUGUGUGACCUCCAGAAGGCAAUCCUGUUAGGUCCUAAAGACGAGAAUGAACAGGAGAUUAAAUAUGAAGAGGGUUUCAUACGUAUAAACAAGUGUAAAAGGUUCAUUUUUGAAGUGUUUGCUCCCACUCUUGCAGUGUUUAAAAAGAUUCAGGAAGAGCUGAACUCGGUCAUCCAGAUUAAUGCACGACCCUAACGUCCUAAGGACUAACGAAAAAACUGAGGAAAACAUAAAGCAAAAUAGAAGGUUGCUGCAGAGGUUCAUUUAUCAGCUUCAAAAUCAACAAUUAACAGCAAAUCUGAUUAAACCUGGUCAGUCAUUCAUACGGUCUUUAUACCUUCUAUCCUGUCCAGUGUUGUAGGAGUCCUGGAGUCUGUCGUAGGAGACUCUGGGCAUUGCAGGGCAUUUCACCUGGACUGGGUGAAGGACAGAUGGUUAAAGCCUCACAUCAAUACCAUGUGUCUUUCUCAGAUUUUAUGGGUGUAACAGCAAAAAUGGAUGAUUUAUUCAAACUU